GUCAUGCACCGCUCGUGCUCCGGUGUGGCCGCACACUCGUCAUGAUGGCCUCUGGCCGCCUCUGGCUGACCCGGGGGUUGCUGGCGGGGCUGCGGCGGCCGACGCUCGUCGUGCGCGCGGCCUGCGCCGCCGCGAACCUCGGCCGCCCUCCCCCGCCCUUUUCUGGGCCCAGCCGUGGACGCCCGCUGAGCCUGUCAGCGGCCGCCAUAGUGGACGCGGCGCCCCGCCCCCUGCAGCCCUAUCUGCGCCUGAUGCGGCUGGACAAACCCAUUGGAACCUGGUUGUUGUAUUUGCCAUGUACCUGGAGUAUUGGCUUGGCAGCAGAGCCAGGAUGUUUUCCAGACUGGUAUAUGUUGUCCCUUUUUGGCACUGGAGCUAUUCUGAUGCGGGGAGCCGGCUGUACAAUUAAUGAUAUGUGGGAUCAGGACUAUGAUAAAAAGGUUACAAGAACAGCAAAUCGACCAAUAGCUGCUGGAGAUAUUUCAACUUUUCAGUCUCUGGUUUUCCUUGGAGGACAGCUGAGCUUGGCACUGUGUGUACUCCUGUGUCUAAAUUAUUACAGUAUAGCCCUGGGAGCAGCAUCAUUGUCUCUGGUGGUCAUUUAUCCUCUGAUGAAAAGAAUUACUUAUUGGCCACAGUUAGCAUUGGGACUGACUUUUAACUGGGGAGCAUUGCUUGGAUGGUCUGCCAUCAAAGGCUCUUGUGAUGUGUCUGUUUGCCUACCUCUUUAUCUCUCUGGAGUUAUGUGGACAUUAAUAUAUGAUACUAUCUAUGCCCAUCAGGACAAAAAAGAUGAUGCCCUGAUUGGUCUCAAAUCCACUGCACUUCGGUUCAAGGAAGACACCAAGCAGUGGCUAAGUGGCUUCAGUGCUGUCAUGCUGAGUGGGCUGACUCUGGCUGGCCUAAAUUGUGACCAGACCAUCCCCUACUAUGCUGCCGUGGCGGCCAUCGGCGCUCACUUGACCCACCAGAUUUAUACUCUGGACAUCCACAAACCCGAGGACUGUUGGGACAAGUUCAUCUCCAAUCGAACAAUAGGAAUCAUGCUUUUCAUAGGGAUUAUACUUGGAAACUUAUUGAAAGAAAAGAAGCCAAAGGGGUCAAAGGAAAAUGGAGACCGCACUUUAGGCAAUUAACAAAUGAAGUUUAGGAACAUUUCAAACUAGGAACUGCAAAACUUUCUCUCAUUUUGUUAUGAGAAAACUAGUUUGAAUACUAAUCAAAGUGAAAAUGAUUGACAGAUGACUCUUCCAGGCCAUCAUCCAGGAUUCCUAGAUUAAACAGUUUUGAUAGCAAAAUUCACUCCAUCUCAGGUAUUAGCAGGUUCUCAACUCUUUUACAGCUGGGUGUAAUCCUGACUCUUUAGAUGAUCCUGUUGUCGUCUGCAUGAGACUUUACCUUUAAAAUUAUUGGAAUUGUAUAAACUUUAGCACCUUUUUAGAAUUGUGAUGAGUAUCUCAUCCAAAAGGAAUGUAUUUUGGAAAAUAUACUCUUUUUAGAGAAAAUAAAAGCUG